AUGAUUCUACAGGAUCCAAUUUUUGAUUUAGGUGAAAAAGAGUACGCGGUCGUUCUACCAGCACUAGUUAUCUAUUGUCUAUUGACAUCAAUCGGUCUAUUUACUGUGUCAAUUUUUAUCGCAUCAUUGAUUGAAACUAGAGAUGUUCUUAAAGAGUAUCCAUUCUUCAUCAUUGUAUGGCAAGUAGCAUUAUCGAAUGCACUUAACCUUGUAGCUCAAGCUACGUGUAUAAUUCCGUGCACUUUCUUGGAUGCAAGAGAUGGAGAAUUAUUAGUGUGAUGGUUUGGUCCUGAUAUUGAAAAGAAGAAAGUUUUGGAGAGGAUGUAUGAAGAUGAAAAUGUCGUGAAACCAUCGACAUCAUCACCAUCGUACAUUUUAAUGUAA